ACGCUAUCAUCUCUGGUGACAGCUACAUCACUUUCGAUAACACCUUCUAUCUCUUCCGUGGUGGCUGUGGAUCUUACCUCCUAGCCAGUGACCUCUACCACAACUCGUUUUCUCUGUUAGCAAACUACGAUGAACAGAACAAAAGGGACAUCCUGUUGAUUACUGGAGAGUUGGAAAUCCUGGUGAAGAACAAUUUGGAAGUUCAUGUAAAUGGAAAGCUAGAAGACUUGCCAUUGGUUUUGCACAGUGGAAAACAACUUACUUUAGAACGCAAAGUACACAGUGUUCUAAUUAAGAGCGGAGAAGGGUUCAGUCUGGAGUGCAGCUCCUUCCAGGAUAUGUGCAAGUUCCAUCUGGAUGGCUGGUACAUGGGAAAAACAGCAGGACUUUUGGGCACCUACAACCAUGAACCAUCCGAUGACUUUGUCAGUCCUGACCGACAACCGAGUGGCAACAUCAGGGAGUUCAUUGAUUCUUGGUCCAUUGAGGCCAAGCAGUGUGGGACUGAGACAGACUGGGAUCUGUCCACCUCUGUCGGAGACUCAAGACAUUAUGAAAUGUGUGAGAUGUUCUUCUCAUCUCAGUCAUCGCCUUUCUUUCCAUGCUUCCAUGUGGUGGACCCCAAGUCCUUCUCCGAGAUGUGCCUUUCUACUGCCAGCCAUGACAGCACGUGUUCGGCAGUAAUGGCAUAUCUUACCAAAUGCACCUCAGCAGGUGUACAACUAUGGAUGCCUGAAUUUUGUGUUGACUCAUCAAUAUCCAACAGCUUCAGGGAAUCUGAAUAUCCAGAUUUUAUAGAAGUGCCAGCUAAGAUGUCAGCUGAUGUGGUUUUUAUCAUGGAGGAAGCAGACUGUCUAUCCAGUGACAAACUGAACUUUGGUGUUCUUCUGGCCAAUCUGAACUCUGACCUGAAUGCCAAGGGCCUCACCGACAACAAGUUUGCCCUUAUCUCAUUCAACAGCAAGAAUGUCCAGAUUCACACGAUCAACGGAGAAGUUUGGACAGGAGACGAAAAACGAUUGGUUGCUGCCGUUAACCGUAUAGAGAGCUCGGAAGGUCAGUCGCUGUACACUUCAGCACUGCAGUUUGCUGCUGAUUUACCGUAUCGUCCAGGUGCAACCAAGGCUGCAGUAUUAGUGCACUGCUCAGACUGUCCACACACAGAAAACUAUGGUGCACUACUGGAACGAUUCUCACGCACCGACAUCACUCUCCAUGUGCUGCAGAGGGCUCAUCUGGCAGGUCGCAAAGGCAAAGGUGUCAGUAAGGUUAUAGGCUUGGAGAAGAGUGGGGCUUACCCAAGGAAACGACUGUUUAGGAAUGCCUCUCCAGACCCUCAACUGCUUCACCAGGUAGUGUUCUUGUUUUAAAAUUUGCAUGCUAUU